AUGUCGGGUUCGAGCAGUGUAAGCGGAGGCGCGAACUCAAAGUAUAAGGCCCCGCUUUCUGGGCUGGAUGCGGAAAAUUAUACGGUCGCGCCGCCUGAGUUGGAGUUGGAGCAGGUGCAUGUUUAUGUGAGGCAUGGCGAACGCACACCCGUCUCCGUCCGCAUGUCCUCCCCACCCGCCUCCAUCCCCUCCCACUGGACCCUCUGCACCCAAGCCCGUCGUUUCCGCGCAGCUGUAUUCGGCACACCACCACCAGCAUCACCUCCUCCCAUCUCUGCAUCCUCUUCUUCCGUUAUGAGGAGGGUGGUGGAGAGGGGGGAUGGCAGUGUUGUUGAUGGGGAGUGUUUGUUGGGCGAGUUGACGGAUGUAGGACGGAAGUCGACGUAUGAUUACGGUCUUGCGUUGAGGAAGAUCUACGUCGACAAACUCGGUUUCCUCCCUGACCACCUCGCCCUCCCCCAAGACGUCUACUUCCGCUCUACCAACAUGCCGCGCACGAUCGAGUCUUUACAGCAGAUCGUGCACGGGUUGUAUCCGAUGAAUAAGUGCGAGGAGGUCGUUCCGUUGAUUCGGAUCCGGAACGGGAGAGACGAGAAUUUAUUGGGCAACACGAUGGCGUGUAGGCGAUUGGAGGUAUUGCUCGUCAAUUUCGCGCAUGCGGCAGCGUCAGCGUACAACCACACGCUCGAGCCCCUCGACAAGAAGAUCUCGAAGUAUCUCGAUGGGAAGCCGAUCAGGGUGGAUGGACAGCCGAGGGCGUCGGGCGUGCUCGAUACCAUUCGAGCGUCGAUGGCGCACGGAAUCAAAGUCCCGCCUGAGUUCGAGGAGAAAGCGGUCAUGGAGCCGAUUGCGAGUAUUAUUUUUCCUUGUUAUGAGAAGGCCGUCGUGAAUGAAUGGUUCGCAGACAAAACCGAAGAAGUCCGUCGACUAGGCAUGGGUAGACUCCUCGCAGACUUAUCGUCCAGGUUCCACCUUAAGACACAGGAAGACCCGACUCCGAGGAUAUUGGUGCAUAGUACGCAUGAUACGGCCUUAGCGGGAUUGUUGAAUACUUUGGACGUUUUUGAUGAUCGGUGGCCCGCAUUCACAGCCUCUCUCACAUUCGAGCUCUUCCGCCGCAAUCCCGACUUCGAUCCUUCCUCCAUGUCCGUCCCUCACCCCACCACUACCACCUCAACACCCGAUGCAACCGCCGCAAAAUCAGGGGUCGUACGCGCGCGCUAUCAGAACCGAAACCUGAUCCUGCCGAUGUGCGCCGACGAUGACAAACACCUGGCAGGCUCGCCUGAGUUCUGUACGUUGAAUGCGUUCAGGGAGAGGGUCGAUGAGCUGGCGCCCAGGGAUUGGGAGGCGGAGUGUGCGGUUGGUUCGGGCGCGGUUUAA